AAUUUUUGUUGAGAAUUGCUAUCGAUGAUUUUCUCAGAAAUAAACAAAUGGUAAAUUGGAGAAUUUUAGAUCUGAUUGUCUUUGUUGUUAAUUGAGAGUGAGAUGCAAUUCCCGCAAAAGUUUGGUGUGCAAUUGGUUUUAAAGUUGAUUAAUAUUAAAACGUAAACAAAAUGGAAAUUUGUAAAAUUGCGCGAAUAACAUUCCAAGAUAAGGAGAUACAAUAUGCGGGAGAAUGGUUUAAAAUAUUGGAUUGCAUGUUACCAAACAAAAACCAUGUUUGUGAUAUAGUUCAGAUUAUUGAGGAAACAAAGAUGCUUCCGUUUGACUUAAAGUUCGUAAAAGACGAACAUGACACAACUAGUUUAAUGUUGUGUUAUACUGGCCCGUCUCGUUCAAUGAAACAGGAUGCAACUGUGUUUAACAAAAUACUGCCAAUUGUAUUUAAAAAUUAUGAAGAUCCUUUAUCUGCCACUAUAAAACAAGCUGUGAUUCAGGCAAAUGUCUAUGAUGAUGAAAAUAAGAAUUCACUUUUAAAAAAAUAUGUUACAACGAAAUUAUAUGAUUUGCUUUAUAAGCAACAUGAGCGCUGUGCUAGUGAUUGGGAGUCCAUACCAUUCACUUUACCAGACAGUUUUCAAUCAAAGCUCUGUAAUUAUCAAGAAAAAACUGUUGGUUGGUUAUUGGAAAAAGAACGAGUAAUUUCAGUAGCGCCGUCAUUUUAUAAAAAGUUAAUUGCAGUUGACGGCAUGCACAUUAUUUAUAAACAUAAAUAUUGCAGCUACUUGAUGUCUGAAGAAUCAUCUCCUAUAGUCGUACCAAUGGGAGGAAUCUUAGCAGACGAAAUGGGUUUAGGAAAAACAGUUGAAAUUUUAGCUCUUAUACUGCUUAAUCCCCGACAAGAAUUUACUAUACCUCAGAAUAUAGAUGAUGAUACACUUUCGUCCGAUGAUGAAAUACUUGCGAAUUAUGGAAAGCGUGCGCGAUAUAAAUCUGAAUUGCUUUGUGUUUGUGUUUCAAAAAAAACUAAAAACCUAAUAAGAUGCACAAAAUGUUUUAAAUCACAACACAGGAAAUGCGUGUCCACAUAUGAUGAGGACCAUAGUGCCAAUGUAAAUGAACCAUAUAUGUGCCCCGCUUGCUGGGAGCAGGAAACCAAAACUAAUUUGAUUGAAUCGGGUGCAACUGUUAUAGUUUCACCAACCACAAUAAAAAUGCAAUGGUAUGCUGAAAUAAAGAAACAUAUACAGCCUACAUUACGAGUGCUUGUGUAUAAAGGGAUUUCAUCUGGUUCUUGGAUAUCCCCACGUCAGAUGGCAAACUACGACAUUGUCCUGACAGAUUAUAAUGUUUUAAGGAGCGAAGUGUAUCAUACAUCAGAAUAUGAAACACAGCGCGUAACUCGAAAUAAACGCGUUUCAUUAAGACUGUCAACACCUUUAUUAAUGGUACAAUGGUGGCGUGUAUGUUUGGAUGAAGCACAAAUGGUUGAAUCUAACCAAUCGAAGAUUGCUGCUUUGGCUCGCAUAUUACCAGCAAUUAAUCGCUGGGCCGUAAGCGGAACUCCUAUACAACGUUCUAUCGAUGAUAUUUGUUCCUUAUUGCAGUUUAUAGGGUUCAAAGAACUAUGUGAACCUGUUGAUAUUUGGAAUAAUUUAGUGCAUAAUUUUGUGAUCUCAUUUGAAGAGUCAGAAAAAGUGCUUGAACUUGUCAAAGUUCUUCAAUUGUGCAUGUGGCGGACUUGUAAAUCUAAUGUAGAGAAUGAAAUUAACAUACCAGAACAAACAGAGACGAUCCAUCGUAUAGAUUUAGAUAACCUAGAAAAAUUGUUUUAUACAGAACAACAUUCCGAAUGUAAAAAUAACUUUGAUCACAACGUUUACAAAUACAUCAAUAGCAAUGCGUGUGUUCUAACAAUUUCACCACAGAUCUUGACACAAAUUUUAAAACCUCUCCUGAAAAUACGACAAAGUUGCAUUAUUCCAGUGGUUAUUGGUAACAAACCUAAAACUAGUGGCCAAACAUUACAAAAGCAGUUUAUGAAUCCUAAUGAAUUACAUUCUCAUUUAAAGACAACGAAUGAAAAUGAUUGCAAAGCUCAACUGCGUACGAUGGCAUCGUCUUACAAUGGCAUGGCUGCAAUUAAUUUUAUAAGAGGAGAUUAUAAGGAAGCUAUACGAUUUUAUAAUGCUGUACUUAAGCUGGCACGUGAUUAUAAUGAAAAACCCAUUUACGUUGACAGUCUUCUACAAAUUCAUGCUUUGCAUAACAUGUUACAAGCUAUGGAUUGCUCAGGAACUCGUACUACAAUUGUUGAAGAUUAUGAGGCUGAAAAAAAUGCAUUAGAGUGGAAAUAUAUUCAGCAAUAUGUGAGUGUAAUGCGAACUGUGGAACUUGAUUAUGAAAGUAGCAAAGAAGCAUAUGAAAAUUUGCUACGAGAAUUGGAUAUGCCACUUUUGAAUUUCUUAAGUACCCUCUCUGAGUUAGUGUUGAGGGAACAAGAUCAAUUGCAUGAGCCGUUAAUGCAUAAAAUAUUUGAUGAAUGUCAAAUUUCAUUUCCAAAGAAGGUACAUGCAAUCGAAUCUGUCAGAAGUUUACUGUACACUGUAAGUAUAUGGAUGGAAAAAGUAAAUAAGCUACAAAAAAAGUUGUACAAAGAAUUUGAGAGUAUAAAAUUUUUUACUAAUAAUGUCCGGGAACGCAAAAAUAUUGAUGAAGAUAUGUGGUGCAGAAUGUUGCAGUUUAUCAGCACUGUUAGUGACUGCCAUCUGUAUAGAAUACGUAAAAAAAAUAAUGAGGACGAUGAAGAGCAAACCAAAAAUAGAGAGAUGAAUUUCAAAAGAGGCGCACCGAAGAAAAAAAAUGACCAGGGCUGCAAAUUGUGUACAAUUAAAAAUUUGUUAGAUGAGUGUGAGUCCUUGUUUUUCAACAAAAAUAAAAAUCAGGAAGGCAAAAAACUAAACACCAUGGAAGUAGUUUUAAUUAAAGUAUUUUUAAAUUUUAUGAAAACAAAACAAAGAUUUUAUAACUGCCACGGUAAUAUUGAUAAGUAUGUGGAGGUGUUUGAAUCGAUGCAGAGCCUUCUAAAGAAACAGGCUAAGUUUUGGAUUGAAAUAGAAUAUACAAUAAAAGCAUAUGACGAAUUGGAUAUGUGUAAAACGCGUAUAACACUCACGGAAGACGAAGAUGAUGACACAAAUUUUAAAAUUUUAGAACUGGAAUUAGCGGAGUCUUUUACAGCAUAUAAAUACGUUUACCAAGCAGCGCAACAUGACUUCACGACUAAAUUGGCACGACUGAGAUACAUAAAUCAUCUUAAUUCAAAUGCUGAAAAUGGGCCCUGUCCGAUUUGCCAACUUGAAACCGAGACUAGAUAUGCCGUGUUGGACUGUGGACAUCAUAUCUGUUUUUUGUGUCUACAACAAAUGCAGCGAAUGAGCAAAGACAAGCGUAUAACUUGCUCUAUUUGUAGACAUGUCCAAAAUACACAUAAAAUAUAUUACGUUAGUCGGAGUGCUGGUAGACAAUUAGAUUUCAGUGCAAAUGUUGAAGGAAAAUUUUCCACGAAAAUCACUUAUAUAAUUGGAUUAAUUCUUAAGCUUAAAGAAGAGGAAAGCAAUAAUAAUUUGAAAAUUUUAAUAUUUUCUCAGUGGAAACCUAUUCUAGAAGGCAUUGCUGAGGCGCUCACUCUUAAUAAAAUUUCUUUUAGACAAAAAUUAAAUGAAAAGGGAUUAAUAGAUUUUAAGAAUCAAGAUCUCGGAAUAACUUGUUUGCUAAUGCUGCUCUCUCAAGGUGCGAAAGGCUUAAAUUUAACAGAGGCUACGCAUGUAUUUCUUGUGGAGCCCAUACUUAAUCCUGGUGAAGAAUUACAAGCUAUUGGUCGUGUACAUCGCUUCGGCCAAACAAGAUCUACAACUGUACAUCGUUUUAUAGUAAAUAAUACAAUUGAGGAAAAUAUUUAUAAUUUUGUAAAGUCUGAAACAAAAUCGCAAAAGAAUUGGGAAUUCAAUAAUAUGACCAUAGAUAAUUUGCGUAAUUUGUUUACUUUAAACAGUGAUAUUUCAGAAGAUUAUCAAUACGAAGCAGAAACUUAAUGUGUAUAAUAG